CGAACGGGAUAAACGCCGCCGGCCCGGAGCCCGUCGCACCGGGCAUGCUCAGUGGCGCGGCCGGCUGGGUGGCCCGGCGAGCUGCACCCGGAUCUGCUCGGCGGCAGCGGCGGCGACGUGAGCGCGCAGGGGGGCGGCGGCCUCGCCUCGUCUCCCUCACUGCGCCUGGGUCGGGUGGGUGACGCCGAGUGCGAGAAAGAUGUCGGAUUUCGACAGUAACCCGUUUGCGGACCCGGAUAUCAACAACCCCUUCAAGGACCCAUCAGUCACACAAGUGACAAGAAAUGUUCCACCAGGACUUGAUGAAUAUAAUCCAUUCUCGGAUUCUAGAACACCUCCACCAGGCAAUGCGAAAAUGCCAAAUGUACCCAGCACACAACCAGCAAUAAUGAAACCAACAGAGGAACAUCCUUCAGCUUAUACACAGAUUGCAAAGGAACAUGCCUUGGCUCAAGCUGAGCUGCUUAAACGCCAGGAAGAGCUAGAAAGAAAAGCAGCCGAAUUAGAUCGUCGAGAACGAGAAAUGCAAAACCUCAGUCAACAUGGCAGAAAAAAUAAUUGGCCACCUCUUCCUGGCAGUUUCCCUGUGGGACCUUGUUUCUAUCAGGAUUUUUCUGUAGACAUUCCUGUAGAGUUCCAAAAGACAGUAAAAAUUAUGUACUACUUGUGGAUGUUCCACGCUGUAACACUGUUUCUAAAUAUCUUCGGAUGCUUGGCUUGGUUUUGUGUUGAUCCUACACGAGGGGUUGAUUUUGGAUUGAGUAUCCUGUGGUUCUUGCUUUUUACUCCUUGUUCGUUUGUCUGUUGGUACAGACCACUUUACGGAGCUUUCAGGAGUGACAGUUCAUUCAGAUUCUUUGUGUUCUUCUUCGUAUAUAUUUGUCAGUUCGCAGUACAUGUACUACAGGCUGCAGGAUUUCACAACUGGGGCAACUGCGGUUGGAUUUCAUCCCUUACUGGCCUCAACAAAAGUAUUCUUGUUGGAAUCAUGAUGAUAAUCAUAGCAGCACUUUUCACAGCAUCAGCAGUCAUCUCACUAGUUAUGUUUAAAAAGGUACAUGGACUAUAUCGCACAACAGGUGCUAGUUUUGAGAAGGCCCAACAAGAGUUUGCAACAGGUGUGAUGUCCAACAAGACUGUCCAGACCGCAGCUGCAAACGCAGCUUCCACUGCAGCAACCAGUGCAGCUCAAAAUGCUUUCAAGGGUAACCAAAUUUAGAGGAUCUUCAAACAAUACACUGUUACCUUUCGACUGUACUUUUUUCUCUAGUUACUGUACUCUAUAAAUAUUUUUAUGUUCAAAACACACAGUAAACACAGCAUGUAUAUUUCCAAUUCACUUAUGCAUGGGCGAAAAUCAGAAAUGUUUCCUUGUCUUUUUAUUUACCUAAAAGUUUCUUAAUAUUUUAGUGCCCCUUGCAGAAAAAAGUACUACAUGCUAAAUAAAUAUUCUCCAUAUUUUUUGGGGGAUGAAUGUUCAGCACAUUAUUUCAGUGGUGAGACACUGAAAUUAAUAUGACACUUAUGAUUAGAAAUGCAUUUAGUACUAGCUUAAGUCAUUCUUUCAAGAAUCUUAGAUACAAGGAUAACACAUUGGAGCAGUAAAGUGAUGCUUCAUUCCAUUUUCCUUAUUUAUAUUGAGAGAAAUAGGCCAUCAGGGACUUGUGGAUUUUUAAAUUGGCUUGCUUUUUAGCAGUUUCAGUCACCAGUGAAGAACCUGUGUGCAUUUUAUAGUAGAUAAUGUAACUUUUACCUUUUUAUUUUCUUUUUUUCAGAGUCGUUGAUAUUUUGAUAUCAGUCUCUGAUCUUGCAUGGGCACUGCAUUUCUUAAAUUAAAAGAAUUAGUAUUUUGGAUUCUGCACUGCUUAUUGUUGUAGGUUUGGGGUGGUGUUUAUAGAAUCAUAGAAAUGAUUUUCUGUAAUAGUUUCUUUUAAAUAAAAAUUUUUUGGGGUGCAAUACAAAAAUAUAAUAUGCAGUGCAUUAUCCAAAAGAAAAGAUAGAAAAGUGAUGGAAUAGAAUGUAGUGAUAGUAAUAUCAGUUUGUUUUUUUUUCUUCAAAUUUUCAGUAUGUGUAUCAUAGUAAACUAUUACUGUAUGGAAACUUUGGUAUAUUCUUGUGGCUACUCUUUUUAAUUGACCUGAGAUUGUGUUUGGCAGCUCUUUUUUGGGGUGUGUAUGUAAUUUUUAACAGGUAUUAAAGUCUAGCCUAACUCCUUGUCCAAAAAGAACAUGUAGUAUUGAAGUGAUUUUUCUUUUAGCCUCUCAUCUCUAGUGGCAUUAAAAAUAAAAAGACUCUGGCAUUUUACAUAUACUUGAAUCCCUACUGCACCUCAGUCUUUUAAUUUUUGAGACAUACUGAAUACAUUAAAAUUUUUCAGCAAUAGAAAAAAUAAAACAUUUAAUUUGUACCAAGCAAGAAACUAUACAGUUGAAUGCAUUAAUUUUUAAUAUAAUCACAUUAAAAUUGUUACUAUGCAGCACAGGAGUUCAUUCUUAUAGUAUAUUUGGGUUGAAAGUGAAUCACUUUUAACACUGAUUAAAUAACUAAAAGACACUUGUAAAGUACUGUUUUUGGAAGUCAUUAGCUAAUUUAAGAUUAAAGAAUAAUAGGUAGUGAUUUAUUCAACUUGACUUUAAGCAAGAAUAGCCUAUUGGAUUAUAUUAUUUGAGAUUGCAGAUCCGUAAAAAAGAAAAAAAAAUUCAGAUGGGCACAACAAAUGGUUAAAUCACUUUUAUUCUUCUCCCCGAACCUGGAGUUUCGUGUUGGGGGUGGGUGGUGAGUUCUCACUACUUAAAAAAGAAGCAUUGCGUGGUAGUGACACUAGGCAAUGUGGAUCCAUUCAGAUGGUGAUUACAUUUGAUUUAUUUGGGACUUUAUUGAAGUAAUAUACUUGGAAUAUGUUUCUUUUAUUUUGAUGGAAUAGGAUUCAUAGUAUGAAUUGGAAGCUGUUUACAAAUAUUUCUGAUUAGUGAUAAUCUCCACCUCCUUUCUUAACCAUGGCGCCACUCGGCCGGCCCUCCACCUCCUUUCUUGAAUAAGCCAGUUGAAGUUUUUCAGAACCGUAAUCUUACUGAAAAUGUGUUUCAUCAAUGUGCUGUAUUAAUUGUGGAUUUUAAAAACAUUCAAAACAUUAACCACAAAAUACAACAAGAACAAUUAUGUCCAUCAUUAAUUUAUAUCUCAAGUCCAUUUUAAUUUUUUUUAAAGUAGAAAUGAAAGAUAAAGCAUAGAGACUUGAAAAACACCGAGAUUCUUUCAGUAAUAGGAAUGAUUUUCUCUAUUCUGCAGAAACCCAUAAAGGUAGCACUGUUAAAUAGCGAAGAAUAAUUAUAACCAACAGUAUCUUUUUUGUAUAGAUGGGGAAAAAGUUAUAAAAUCCAGUUAUUUGGGUUAAUACAAGCUUAUGGGAGAAAAUUGUUUUUUAAAAACAUAAAUGUGCAUUAAAAUGAUAGCAGUGCUCACAGUUAGAUAAAGUAUAGGGGUUUUAAAUUCUUAUAUUUUCUAUUCUCUUCAUAAUUAGUAAAUAAUCACAUUUUCACUCAGCAAAAGAUUGGCAUUUGUUAGUGUUUUAUAUUUAAUGUUACCAUUACCCAGGAUCAUCAGAAUCAUGAAAUGGUCUUGACAUUGUAAGUAUCCACGUCAUUUUUCAGUUUGCAAUACUAAGUUGGCUAGUUUAUUUCAGACUAAAGUCUGAACACUGGAAUAUCAUUGCUCAGUGAUUUGUAAUUUGGGACUUGGAUCAUUUAUCUAGGGAUGUUUGUAUAUUUUGUUAGUGAGUAAUACGGCGCUGCCAUCACGGUGACUGUCGUGGUUCUAUAUAAAUGCCCUCCAUCUGUCCCUCUAAUGUUGCAUGUUUUCAGUGGUUUGGCAGUUUUGUAUAUUUAUUGUAUUAACACAGUGUCAAAAUAAAAUGCUGUUUACUGGAUGUUUGUUUGUAUAAUUCUAAAUACUAUAUUAGCACUUCAGAGGCAGAAAUUAUCCUGAGGGUUUAAUGUAAUAGAAAUUCUACAUUUGAUUAAAAAAUAAUCUGUGUAUAAUUCUAUCACAUGCUAAACAAAAUAAAUAUAUAAAAGACUUAGUUAAAAACUGUCAGCAACAUAAAAUGACAACUUUUCUGUUGUAUUAGACCAUCAUAGGUAGUGGAACUUGAGCUUCACUCGUAUUAAAUAUUUUUACCACUUUAAGGUCAAAAUACUCAGACUGUCUAGAAGUUAGUGAGGUUCAAAAUGGAAAAUGUGUUUUGUGGCUCAGAUUUUUUCCUAGUGGGUUAAAAUGGAUGUUUUUGUAUUAGUAUUGUAUUGAUUUGACUUAACUUGUGUUCUGUUCCCUAACCUCCCUACUGAUUGCUGUUUUACAUACCGAUGGAAGUACCUGUUUGUGUAUUAUUGGGUUUUUUAUUUGGUUAUUUAAAGAGGAUGUAAAAAUACAAUCUAAAAUAAUGUUCAUGGUGAAUCUUAUUUUGAGAAAUACAUGUUAUAUUAAAAUAGGAACAACAUUUUCAGUUUUCUGGGUGUUAUCUUAAAAAAAGUGAGUUUGGAUUGUCAUUGGAUAUAUCUUCUAUAAAUCAUGUUGAGAUAAUGUAUGGUUUGCAUUUUAAAGGGAAUUUGUUAAAUUUAUUAGUUGUUGCUGUAAAUCAUUUGUAGCAUAAUGCUUUUAUAGUUAUUGGUAUAUCUUUUUCUGAAAACAUUGACAUUAGCAUUUAAUUUUAUCUUUAUUGGCAAAAUCUGUGUUUAGACUGUUAAUAUACAGAACUUGUUGCAUUUUUGUUCCUAUUUUCCUUUUAGAAUUACCAUGGCUAUCAAACACCAUUUCAUUGUAUCUCCUUCCAUUUUUUUCCUUAAGGAAAACGUUUGAAAGAAUUUGUUGAUUCCACAUGAUUAAGACCUUUAGAGGUGAAAUAAAAGUGGUUAAUGUAGAAAUAAUUGGGGAUGGUUAAAAGUAAACACAAAUUUGAUAGAUUUUCAAGUACCAUAUUAUAAAUUUAUUUAGGGUAGAAUAAAUGUUUUAAAACAUUAGAAAUGGUUAAAUAUUAUGGAAAGUGAAGUAGUUCCACUAGAAUUAGAGUAUAUUUUACAAAAAACAGCAUACUUUUUGUAUUGAUGGGUGUUGUUAAACCUUUUUUUAGGGCUAUAUUACAGUAUAUAGAUAGGUAGGAAGAAGUAUGUAGAAAUUUUUUAAACCAAGCAUUGCCACUAAUCUGCCCUAGAUACCUUUAAUUUAAAGAUACUAGGAAAACAGGGAAAGACUCUCUGCUAGAGUUCUUACCACCCUCCCUGUGGGUUCCAUAUUUACAGUUUAACUUCGUGGUUUGGGUAGGACAAAAGUUAACCUGUAGAGUUUUCAUUAGCACUGUUCAUGUUUUCAAAUUUCAAGGGACAUGGUAACCACAAGUAGGAAUGCAGUGAAUGUUAAAUUUUAUGUGUAUCUAAAUCUUGAUUUGUUUUUCAGCUAUCUUUCUGGGUUUGGCAUGACUGAUGGUGUAGCUAAAACCAUCUUGCCACUAAACCCCAAUUUUAUCUUUUUUCUAAUAGGGCCAGAAAAUAGUUAACCCUAUUCUACCUAGUAAUGUUAAAUAUAGUUGUAUAAGAUUACUCUGAGUAUUAAUCUUCUCUACAUUUAAAUGGUUCUAAUUUAUAGAAUCCUAGCAUGAAAUUUUUCUUUAACUCUUCAGUUGUUUUCAACACUUAGAUAUAAUCCUAAAAUUCUCCAGAACUUUAAAAAUAUUUUGUGGAUCAUUGAUUCUCAGGAUAAAUUGUGGUUGUGGUAUUUGUUACUGUUGGCAAUUUUUAGUAUUCUUCAGGUGUUUUGAGUCUAGGAAAAAUAAUGCCAAAAAUCACUGUCUUUUAUCUGGUGAUCACAAUGAGUACAAUAUUAUAGUCAUCUACCUACAUAAAAACAGCUCACUGGGCAUACACAUCCCUCAAACUAUUUUUUUCUAGUGUGAAAGUAAUAUAUACCUGUUGUAAAACUAUUGACAGAUAUGGAAAAUGAUAAAUAAUAAAAAUAAUAUGUAAUUCUU